UUAAAGGCGCCGCAACGGUAUUCCACUCCGACUCCGCACCACAAACCCCGUCUGUCACUCACGCUGCCUCCGUGAGGACCGUGACUGACCCCUCCUAUAUACACAUACGCUCGAUCGCCGAUCGAUUGCUCAGUCUCCGCCGUCCAAAUUCUUUCGAUCCAGAGCGAGGUCGCCGGCGCCGGCCGUGGCCGGAGAAGAGACACGAUGGAGGAGUUCGUGGUGCGGUGGGUGGCGAGCGGGUUCGCGGUGUGGUCGACGGCGUUCGUGGCGGCGCGGGCGCUGAUGCCUCACCGCUCCUACGAGUUCUGCAACCGGGCCGUGUCGACGGCGCACGCCGUGACGGCGGUGUGCAUGGCGUGCCUCUGCGUGGAGGACUGGUCCUGCCCCGUGUGCCCGCUCAACGCGCCGUCGACGCCGCGGCAGAUGAGGGCGCUGGCCGUGACGCUGUCCUACAUGAUCUACGACGCCGCCUGCUGCCAGCUCAACGGCGACGUGCGGCUCGACAACACGCUGCACCACCUCGUCAGCAUCGUCGGCAUCGGCGCCGGCCUCGCCUACCAGAGGUGCGGGACGGAGAUGGUGGCGUGCAUGGUGGUCACGGAGAUCUCCAGCCCGCUGCUGCACCUCCGGGAGAUGCUCAAGGAGCUCGGCGUCAAGGACACCGACCUCAACCUCCUCGUCGACAUUCUGUUCGCGGUGACCUUCUCGGUGGCACGGAUGGUCGGUGGGCCGUACCUCACCUACGUCACCCUCACGGCCGACUACCCGUUCCUCAUCAAGGCGAUGGCUGCUGGUCUGCAACUGGUGAGCGCCUACUGGUUCUUGAGGAUCCUCAGGAUGGUCAGGUACAAGCUCGCCAAGAAGAGGCCGGCACCACCGGCCACGUCCAAGCUCGUCGACGGCAAGAGUAGUUAACUGAUCGAUGUAUGCGUGUGCUAUUCUCUCUAAGAGAGAGAAGAUCAUGUUGUAGUAGCGUAUUGAUUGUUUCACCUGCCAAGGAUUAAUUAAUUUCUAAAAGGGAUGCACGUACAUACUGUGGCGAUUCAAUUUGAUUGUUGUGCAGAAACAGUUUACGAUAUCAGUGUCACUGGUUGCUCCCCUGGCUGUCAACGAGCACUUCAGACUGUAUGGCUUCUGUGCUUACACAUGCUACAUUGGAAGAUCAA